AAAAAUAUAUAUUUACCCAAGUGAAGCUUUUGCAACUUUUAAGAGUUACAGGUGGAUUUGUUCCAUGUUAAGUUUGUUUUAAUUUUAAAUAAACCAUUAAACCAUUACGAAUCACACGGGUAGUGGGAGAAACCAUGUAUACACUAUGCAAGGUUUUUCUACUUUUGGCCACCCUCACAGUUAGCGCCUAUGCUGGAGGCUACGGUCUUUUAGGAGGUACGUUAGGAGGCUAUGACAGAUAUGACUAUGGAGGAUCUUAUGGCACUGCUUCGUCGAGCUAUGGCGGCUACUACAACAGACCUUCAUAUUAUAGCGGUGGAUAUCCCAGCACCAUAGGAGGAGGCAGCUACUAUAGCACUGGCUCUUACUAUCCCGAUAGAUAUGAUAGUUAUGGAAACUAUGGAAGCUAUGGAAAUAGGUAUGGAGGAUACGAUAACGGUUACAGGCCUGGAUACUACAAUAGAAUAGAAACAGUUUCAGAAGAACCUGGUGUGGUAGAGAUAGGUAAUAGAAGAAUUGAAUUUAUUAGAAGUUCUACUUCUAGCUAUGAUAAUUAUGAGUCUAGUUCUACAGGAUUUUCUUCUGGAUAUGAUGGUAUUGGAGGAGAUCGGACAAAUUACUUAGGAGGUAGGCCAUAUGGAUAUAGAAGCAGUUACUUUUAUAGAAAAUAAGUUGCUUACAUUUAGUAGUUAAGGUUUGAACCCCAUUGUCAAAUAUUGUAUUUAUUAAAUUGGUAGUGUUAAUGUAUAAUAA